ACAAUGCCACGUGCCGCCAAGUCACUAAGCGACAUCAAGCACUCCAACAAGAACCAAGCCAAGUGCCCAUCACCACCGGACCACACCCACCACGGCCGCCUCCUCCAUCCCUCCACUCCCAACUUAAGAAUUCACAAAUGUCGUUCCUAGCGUCAUCGAUUGCAGGGGGGCUUUCCAACUUCACCUUCCCCUUGAUCUGCGGCUUCAUCCUCCUCACCCCGUUAUUGGCGCUAGGCGCGGCGGUUGUGUACGCAUACAAACAAACAAACAAGCGCAAAUCGCAAGUGGUGUUCGAGACACAGCCUGCAGCGGAAAAGCCUAUACUUGGAGGAGCAGAACAGGUCCCCUUGGGGGAAGUGGAAGAAGAUCUCAACGGCGAUGACGACGUGGUGGGAGAAGGAUACCCCCAGGAUGCCGAAACCGAAGAAUUAAUGCGCCAAUGGCAAGCGCAGAACCCUGACUUUACCAUCCCACCAGAGCCGGAGGAAGAAGGAGUUCCUGCCAAAAACGUUGGCGCUAAGAAAGCGCGCUCGCUAGCACAACGGGAUCAGCAGGGGGCGCAUCUCGAGCUCUUGCACUCCCACGCUGCGAUGCGCGCUAGUACUCCGGCGGCGACAGCAGUGGAGGAACAUGACAGAAUAUUCGAAGAGAGACGAAGACCUUCGCUGAUUGAGGAUGAGAUUGCGACAAGGAAAGAAGCAGAGAAAAAGGCCCGGUUUGAAGGUGAAUGGCAAGGUGCUGAGAAGGAGAGGGGGGAUGUGGAGGGGCUGAAGCAGAAGGUUGCGGUUCCGGGGGCCUGGAGGGUGAGCGCGUUGGGUGGGAAGAGGGGUGAGGAGUGGAGCGUGGAGGUGCUAAGGCGGGAAGGGCUGGUCGGGAAAGUUAGGGGUGGCGACGAUGUUGGGAUUAUCACCGGGGAGGGGUGGUACGUUAGGCUUGGUGAGAGGCAGUUGGAAUCGAUCUCUGGCGAGAUUGAGAAGAAGGGGAGGAUGGAGUGGAGGGAGAUUGCGGACAGGUUGGAAUGGGUUGUCGGGAAGUGAGGGUUUAUCUUUUUCUUUAUUUUUUAACUUAUCUCUUCUCCAUCUCUUCAAGGUCUGGAUGCAUGGUCAUGAUUCCUAUUUGUUUACCUGGCGCUCUGGCUUAUACAAAAAAAGGGGUUCUUAGAACGGGCAGUGGCGGGGGAACGAGUUCUUUCUUUACAAUGCUGAUCCUGUCUUUCUGGGAACCCAAGUUAGUUAUGAUAGGCACUCGUUUAACGUAGCAUCUUAUGGAUAACGAGUAUUCUGAGAGAAAAAUAUAUAUCUCUAUCCUAUCCUACCGUGCAAUGCAGCCGAACAAACAAACAAACAAACAGAAAGCAAACAAACAAACGCUCAUCUCAUCGACCUCAUCCAACUCAUCUAUCUCAUCUCUCAUCCCAUCUUCACAUAUCGCCACCGCACAACCACAAACUCCAACCCCGAUCUCCAACCCAGGUAGUCACCAUAUCACCCUAAAUCCCGCACCUAUCCGCACUCCAACCCCGCGAUCCCGAGUGCCUACUAAGAGUCAGCCCUCUAUUCUGUCGCCCCCCCCCCAAAUCCAAGAU